AUGAGUAGCCAAAAAAUAAAUUUUGGGGCAUAUGAUAAUUACAUUCCAGUUAGUGAAUUAAGCAAAAAAUCAUGGAAUCAGCAACACUUUGCUCUGGCAUUUCCCAAACCACAGCGGCCAGGAAAAAGAAGGAGAUCAAGACCUUCCCAACUAAGAGAUGAUACAGUUCCUAAAAUUGAUGGUGAAAAAUUAAGAGGUCAUACACAGCCAUUAUGGAUGCAUCGUUCUUUAAUGAGAAUUUCUGAGAGACCAUCUGUUUAUUUAGCUGCCAGGAGGCAGCCCCCACAACAACCAACUCUCUCCACCAUAAAGGAUUCUAAAAAAGCAGAUUUAGAGAAACCUUUAUCUCCAGAAACAGGCAAGAAAGGUAAAGAAGUCAAGAAAGUAAAGGACACAUCAGAUUCAGAAGACGAAGUGAAAAAGGGUAAGAAAGAUUCAAAGAAAGAAAAAGAUAUAAGUAAAGGAACUAAAGAUGAAAAAGACACUGGAAAAACAGAUUCAAAAAAAGACAAAAAAGGGUCAAAGACGGGCAAGGAUUCAGGCACAGAAUCUGAAGAUGAAAAACCAGGUUCAAAGAAAGAUGACAAAAAAGGUAAAAAAGAUACAAAGAAGAGCAAGGAUUCACCUACAGAAUCUGAAGAUGAAAAACCAGGUCCGAAGAAAGAUGAUAAAAAGGGUAAAAAAGAUACAAAGAAGGGCAAGGAUUCACUGGCAGAAUCUGAAGAUGAAAAAGCAGGUCCGAAAAAAGAUGAUAAAAAGGAUGGAAAGAAGGAUAAGGAUGCAAAGAAAGGUGAUGAAUCAAAGGACAGCAAGAAAGAUGCAAAGAAGAAGGAGAGUAAAAAAGACAAAGCUGAAAAGAAGCCCAGUGGUACGGAAAGUGAACCAAAGGACGAUACCAAAAAAGAUGCCAAGAAAGAUGCCAAGAAAGAUGCCAAGAAAGAUGCCAAGAAAGAUGCCAAGAAAGAUACUGACACAUCAUCUGCUGAAUCAAAGAAAGAUGACAAAAAGGCUGCAAAGAAGGACGCAAAGAAGGGAAAGUAG